CUUUCUUGACUAUUGUCAGAGUCUGUGAGAGAGAAGCAUUAAAACACUCACUCAGCUGAAGGUGAGCUGCACUGGGACGUGGUCCGGCUGUGAUGGCUCAGUACCUGAGGUAUUUCACCACCGUGGGAGACGAGCAGCAGUCGGUUCAGCUUGAAGAUGAAGAGCUGCAUGUGACGAGCGAGGAGCUGAGCCCGGCCACGGGACAGUUCCCCGCCAAGCUCACCUUCAGGGACGCGCUCAGAAGACUCUACUCCUCAGAGCGCUUUCAGGUGUUGGUGGUGUGCUUGGUCGUCCUGGACGCCAUCUUUGUCCUGGCAGAGCUGCUUAUAGACCUGUCUGUGAUUAAGCUGGAACAUGACCACAUUGCUCCUGAGGUGUUUCACUACCUGAGUCUGGCUCUUCUCACCUUCUUCAUGGUGGAGCUGGCUGGGAAGCUGUUUGCCUACCGCCUGGAGUUUUUCUACCACAAGUUUGAGGUGUUCGAUGGUUUGGUGGUGGUGGUUUCCUUCGUGUUGGAUGUCGUCUUCCUUUUCCAUGAAGAUGCCUUUGAUGGGAUGGGUCUGCUCAUCCUGCUGAGACUCUGGAGGGUGGCCAGGAUCAUCAACGGAAUCCUGGUGUCAGUGAAAACUCGUGCAGACCAGAGGAUCCACAAGCUGAAAGAGAGUUACGACCACCUCGUCCAGAGAGUCACGGAGCUACAGGAGCGCACUGAUAAACUGGAACAAGAGAAACAGAGGCUUCAAGACCUCCUGAAGAAACACGCCAUCCAAUUCUAACUCCUCUAACUUCUAACUGCACAAGGGCUGCAACAAAUAAUCCUUUUUUGAUGAUUGGUUUAUAAUGAUUGAGUGUUUUUGUUUUUCUUUGAUUUUUUUUCAGCUUCUAAAAUGUGAAUAUUUUCUGGUUUAUUUGCUCAGUGUAACAAAAUCAUUUAAACUGAAUAAGUUUGAACAUUUUGGGACAUUUGACUGAAAGAAUCGAGAAUCAUCGAGAGAUUCAUCAAAAGAAUUGUUGGUUGCAGCCCUCACAUACUUUUUUAUUUUCAAACCUUACAUUUCAACGUUGGCUUUGAUUGCAGAUGUGAUUUCAGUGUCAGUGACUGUUGUGUUGAGUGUGUGUGUGUGUGUGUGUGUGUGUGUGUGUGUGUGUGUGGAUCCAUGUCCAGCCUUCUUGUCCCAUUAGUGUUAGAAACUCUAUGAAUAGAAUGAAAGUCAUCAAUUUAUAAACUUGUAUUAUUAUAAGACCAUAACUUAAUCACAGCUUCAUUUCACAUAAUGGCACGUGCUUUAUGUACAAACCUUAUUUAAAUGAAGCUUGAUUUGAAUAAUUAUACAUUACAACGUAUGAAAUCACAUAUAUGUAUGUAUAUGUAUAUAUAUAUAUAUACAUAUACAUACGUAUAUAUGAAAUCAUAUCACAGAAACAGAGUAAAGAAAGCCAGGGGAUGAAGGAAAUAAAA